AUGUGCCACCAAACACACUAUCACACUAAGACAAUGAAGGCCAAAGCGUUGUCAGUGAAGGAGUGUGACUGGAUGCCAGAGGAUUGCCAUCUAGUGGAGGAUGUGUCCAGAGACUCACACCGAGAAACCCUGUGUCUGCCUAGCAUCUUCAAAUCCAAGAAAGUCAAGCCCUGUAGCAGGACUCAGACAACGGGGCCGGCUUACCAGGUGUACUACACGGCCCGGGAGCUACUUUUGGAGGUGCUGGAUCGAGGCGCCCUGCGGAAGCUGAUUAGGAGAGGCUCCGCGCAGAGGUGUGGACCUCCUCAAUCUUCACAUGCUCUGAGAAAAGAACAAGGCGGCUUUUUCUCCGAGGAGGAUUAUAUCGAGAUGUUAACUUGCAUCUCCAUGGUUCUGCAAGAUGGUCUCUCUGUAGGAGAGCGUGAGGUAAGCCUGGGCUUAGAAGGAUGGAAGGGGGUCCUGAAGAGAAAUUGCUUCCAAAGCUGCCUCUUGCAUCUGAGCCGACUGGAGGAUGAAGACAAGCUGGAAGCCUUGUCUGCCUUCUGCAGCCACGUGACCAAGCGCUAUCAAGGAUUAUACACGCCUGGUGAGAACCUGGCUGUGAAGAAAUACAACCUUUGGUACCAGCAGACUCCCUGCUCGCUUCAUCUUGCCAUCCUCUACGAUAGAAGCUCGGGCUUCAUUUGCAACAUGUACCUGUACAUCCCAGAGCAGCUUCGGAGACGAAAGAGGAAGCCUGUAGUUGUGCAGGUGGUAGAGCACCUGAUCAGGCCUUUCUGUAGCCAACGUCCCGUGGUGUGGUUGGACACCAGCGCCCGGAUGGAGGGCAAGCUCAUCGACGUUUUUUCGGAUUCAGGGAUUCGGACGGCGACGACGGAACCAUUUUCACCAGAGGAAACCACAUCUCAGUUCUACGGGCGGUCUCUCCUCGCAGCGCAUCUCAAAGGCUGGACCGGACCGGCUCUUCUUUUUCCAAGGUCGGACACGAGAGGAUCGCAGGCGGACGUGCUACUCCCUGGUCUCUGGGUGACGCUGCACACCAUCUACAUCAACACGUUUGUGCUUCACACCUUGCAGAGCUCAGGCAGGCAGGUCCAGUUGACCCAGUUCACCAGAACUUUGGCUUCUCAGCUGGCUUUGGACAACAAUGGCGGAGUGCCCGUCCUGCCUCAGCUAAACAGCACAUCAUACCAAGAGAUGCAAAGGUUGGUCUACAAAUCCCAUUUCACAGAUCGGACCAGCAGUGAUCAUGUGAUAGAAAAGCGACGCCAGGAGUGGGACCGUCCCGGCGUGUGUGGUUUAGACAACUCUGGAAACUCCUGCUACUUGAACGCUGUGUUGCAGUGUGUUUGUUCCACGGUGCCCCUGGUGGAGCAUCUCCUUCAUCAGGACACACGCAAAGAGUUGGCACGGGCCAAGUGUCAGGUAGCCCAGAUGUUUGUCCGGCUCCUGGAGCAGAUGUGGCUCGGGAGGAGUUCCAGCUGUGCCCCUGUGGAGGCCAGGAAUUUGUUGCGUUCCAUCCUGCCACAGUUCAACAACCACUCUCAGCAGGACGCUCAGGAACUGCUUCUCCUCCUCUUCAAUGCACUCCAUGACGACCUAAAGAAGGUUGGGAGGCGGAAGAUGCGCUUCUCCAAGCAGCUGAUACGAGACCAGGAGAGAAUGUGGGCCACCGGAGUGGGAGAGUCUACUAUCGUUUCCAAAUUUUUUGAAGGCACGCUCAGCUACGUGACGGUCUGCAUGCGGUGUGACCAACAGACCAUCAACACGCAGAUGUUCACUGUGCUCUCUUUACCCAUCCCUACACAUAUCAGCAAGUGCUCCAUUCAGGACUGUUUGUCUCUGUUCUUUAAGCAGAGCCUCUUGACAGGAGGAGAGAAGAUUAUGUGCUCAGCCUGUGAGCUAAGGGAAGAAACUGCUCUCCUUACUUAUCUGGACAAACCUCCCGAAAUCCUUGUGCUGCACCUUAAACGGUUUGGUUGUAAAGGAAAGAACCAGGUCAAACUGAGGACUAACGUUAUCUUCUCUACUGAGCUUGAUCUAAGCUUGUUUGUGUCCAGUUCGGCACAGAAGACUUCCAGUUCUUCAUAUCGUCUCUAUGCGGUCAUGAACCACGCAGGUCACCUGAACAUGGGUCACUACACUGCUCUGUGCCACAACACCCUGACCCAAACGUGGCACCGCUUCGAUGACUCUGCCGUCCAGGAGCUACACGACAGUCACGUCCAAUCCCCAGACGCCUACGUCCUGCUUUACAGCCGCAAGCCAUUCCGAAAACCAAAGAUUGUUGGCCUGUAACCAAAGGUCAUAAAAAUGACAGAAAACACGACUGCAUCCCUCAAGCAACAUUGUUCUCCAACCACACACACACGCAAACAUUCAAAGCGAUUUUCAUAAAUAGUCACGAGCCGUUGAAGGUUAUAUUUGUUAUACUGAAACAUUUGAAAGCAUUGAGAAAUAAAGUCCAACAUUUACAAGAAAAUAAAAGUUUGAUGAAUCUAACGCUCAGUGAGACGAGUAAGUAAAAUCCUUGCACAUUUCUGCUCUCUGGUCCAUUUAUUUGUACUGUGCGCUUGCUCUCGUCCCCAGAUUGGGACAGCUAGUGUUGAGCGAGUGAAGGCGUAACGUGAAUUCUCAUCUUAAAAGUCAAAACAAGUCUGGACUUAUGAAAGAAUUCAAUUAAAAAGAUACACACACGUUAAGGACCUACAAAAACUCGACCUUUUAAAAAUCACCCAGGGGCAAAAAUACCUUUAAUGUUUCUUCUAAAUGCAUGUUAUAAUGCAGACAGUUAUAUUGUAUAGCUCUCACACUAACGUUAUAGGGCUUGACAAGGC